UUAGCAUGUUUAUCACACAUGCAACAUAAAGUCUAUGUGAAAUUUACGUUAACAAUAGUAUCAAUUAAUUUGUAUUGUUUUACAACUUAUGGUUGUUUAAAGUUUACAUAAAAAAAAUAUGAAGAAAUUAAUAAUAUUCCUAUUAAUCAUAUGUGUAAACAAUGUGUCUAUGGAAUUCAUAACCUUAAAUGGUUCAUGGAAAGGAAAUAUUUUAUGUGAUAAAAAUUCUAAUCAAAAAUGCAAAGAAUUAGAGUUUCCAGCAGUUGUACCAGGCGGUGUUUAUACAGAUUUAACAGCAUCACAUUUGAUACCUGAUAAUCUUUUAGCAAUAAACGAUGUAAUUAAUCGAUGGGUCGGUAAUCAAACCAUUGUAUAUAGUAGAAAUUUUACUGGUACAAAUACUUUGAUAGAUGGUUCAACGGUAGCAUUGAUAUUUCAUGGGCUGGAUACUUUUGCUACCAUCUUUUUGAAUGAUCAUAAAAUAGAAGAAACUUCUAAUAUGUUUUUAAAAUAUAUAUUUUAUAUAGAAGAAUAUUUAAAGAUAGGAGAGAACGCUUUAAAAAUUGUAUUUCAUUCACCUAUAAAAAUGGCUGAGGAUUUAUACAAGAAUCAAAGUCUACGAUACAUCGUACCUCCAAAAUGUGUUCCCAAAGAAUAUAAUGGAGAAUGUCACGUUAAUCAUAUUAGAAAAAUGCAAGCUAGUUUCUCAUGGGAUUGGGGCCCAGCUUUUCCUUCUAUGGGCAUUUGGAAAAGCGUUGAAUUAAUUUCUACUAAAGAAAUUCUAAUCACAGAUGUUACAACGGAUGUUUAUGAAAGAGACAAAUAUUGGGAAAUAGUUGUAACGAUAUUCUUUGAAAUUCCUCCUCGUAAAAAUACAGAUAAUAUUACGUGUAAUAUAAAUUCAAGAUUAUAUCUUACAAAUAUUAACUACGUUGAAAAUUCAUCUGACGUAAUAUUACAAGUUAAGGAUGGAUAUGUUACAGCAUCGAUUAUAUUGAAAAUAGAUUCAAAAUUAAUUGAUAGAUGGUGGCCGAAUGGAUAUGGGAAACAAAAUUUAUAUACGUUAAUAGUUACCGUUACGACAGGAACCGAAACAUUAAAUAAAUAUUUGCGUAUAGGUUUCAGAACAAUAGAAUUAAUAGAAGAACCUUUAGAGAAAGGAUUGAGUUUUUAUUUUCGGAUAAAUGGUGUACCAAUAUUUGCAAAGGGAAGUAACUUUAUUCCAGCAAGUAUAUUUCCUGAAUUAGCGGCUGAAGAACACGUUAUCAGACAUUUAUUACAAUCGGCUAAAGAAGCGCAUAUGAAUAUGCUCAGAGUUUGGGGUGGUGGAAUGUACGAGUCAGAUUUAUUUUAUAAUUUAGCCGACGAGUUUGGAAUUAUGAUUUGGCAAGACUUUAUGUUCGCUUGCGCCAUGUAUCCUACAAGUGAUGAAUUUUUGAGUUCCGUUAAAGAGGAAGUUGUACAAAACGUAAGACGAUUAAAAAAUCACGUUAGUGUAGUUUUAUGGGCCGGUAAUAAUGAAAAUGAAGCAGCUUUGUACAGUAAUUGGUAUGGAACUGGUAAAGCGGAUAUAUAUAGAAAUGAUUACAUUAAACUUUAUGUGAAUUUAAUCAAGAAGGAAGUGCAAAAAUUAGAUACUACCAGACCUUUUGUCGUAUCCAGUCCUAGUAAUGGUUUACAUACUAAAGAAUACAAUUAUACCGGACAAAAUCCAUAUUCAAAUUUCUAUGGAGAUGUUCAUUAUUAUAAUUAUUUAAUCAAUGGAUGGGAUAUCAAUCAAUACCCACGUUCAAGAUUUAUGUCUGAAUAUGGAUUUCAAUCGUUUCCAUCGAUUUUUACGAUUUCCAAAAUUAUAAAUAAUAUUAACGAUUUACAUACAAAGAGUAACAUUAUGAAUCAUCGUCAACAUUUACCUUUUGGUACGGAAUUUAUGAAUCUCCUCAUUUCGAAAAAUUUUCUUAUACCAAAGUCAAACGAUACGAUAAGAGAUUUCACAGAUUUUAUAUAUUUGAGUCAAAUAAAUCAAGCUGUCUCUGUUAAAAUACAAACUGAAUCGUAUCGUCAAGCUAGAUCAGAAUUAAAUACUUUAGGAGAAGGAUUUACGAUGGGAGCACUUUAUUGGCAAUUGAAUGAUGUUUGGCAAGCUCCCUCGUGGUCUUCUAUCGGUAAUUAAUUUUAAAUUAUGUUUCCCAUUUUUGUUUAUAUUUUAAUUAUAUCU